AUGUUCGUCGCCUCACAUGCUGGUCUUGGUCAGCACGUAGCUCUUCUCUCCGCCGACGCCGUCAAGAGCGCGCUCCUCUACUCGAAUAUCCUUGACAUAAUGUACACUCCGAUCAUGCUCGCCGCAAAGGUCUCCAUCCUCGUUCAAGUCGACCGCAUGUUCUCCGGCAACAAGCAGCGGAUGAUUUUCUGGAGCGUGCGUGCCCUGGCCUACGUCAACACUCUCUGCUACACUGCCAUGUUCUUCACGAAUGUCUUUGCCUGCACACCGCGAGCAAAGAUUGUGGACCCUACAGUGUCUGGCAAAUGUAUUUCCCAGAACAACCUUAUUGUCGUGUCCAGCACUGUCAACGUCGCUUCCGAUGUUCUGAUCCUGCUUUUCGCGGUUUGGGGCAUCAGCAGGCUCCAGUUGAGCGGGAGACGUCAGACUAUGGUCGCGGUUGUGUUCAGCAUUGGCAGCUUUGCAUGCAUUGCCAGCGUGUGUAGGUUGGCUUUUGGUGUUCAAGUUGAUAAGAACCGCAAUUAUACGCAAACUAUCUGGCCUGUGCACAUGUGGUCGCUCGCUGAGAUCACGGCUAUCAUGUAUAUGGCUUGCUGCCCAGCUUUUCCUCGUCUUAUCCAAUACAUUCGGGGAACGAAGACCGUCAAGCCUGCGAUCAGAGGUUUCAAGACCGAGAAGGAUCUAUUCAGUCCUACAUCCAGCUUUUCGAGCAGCAAGCCAAACACUCCCGAACAGAAGCACGGGUGGGCAUCACCAAUCAUUACACCGCCUACUCCGCCAAAGGGUUCUCCCAAGAUUACGCUACCUACUCCGCCAAAUGGAUCUCCUACCCUUCCUGCCGGAUUUAUUUCUCCCCAAAAGCCCACGCAAGCUAGCGUCCGCGUGACUCCAGGCCCAGCUCAGGGCUCGCGAGGUACACAAAGCGAAGACCGGCCUCGAGGACCUUUUCGAACUCUCUCCCUCCCCGUUAAACCUUCCAUCCCACGCACCUCCUUUCAACUCCCCGCCACUAGGCUUGAACCCAAGGGACCACGCCUCAACUUCAGCAUCCCCGUCCGUCCCACGCCCGAACAACUCGCCAACCAAUCAUCCCUCUCCCCACGCUACGUCCCCGAGGAGAGAACCGCUGCCAUCGCAAAGAAAGCCGAAGGCGCCCUCCAAAACUACGCGCCCUUCGAGCGCCGCAUCUCCCACCUCUCAUACACAUCCCGCCACACCGCUGCCCUUGAGGAGAUUCGGCAGAGCCUCGAAGAAGUCCGCCAUAGUCUUGAUGGCGGCUUCAUCGACAGCACGCCCACACCAACAUCCUCAAAGCUCAACGUACCUCAUACACCACGGUCGACCUCGACCUCGACGCCAAAGACACCGACGACUCCCGGCCCACAUGCACGCAGCCCAUCUCUCGCACCGCCCGCGUCACCCGGCAUGCCAUCUCCAGCUUCGCCGGCGCGUACAGAGUUCAGCGUGCAUCUCGUCGAGAGCGCGGUCCGCAUGAAGAUCAUGCCCGUGUACUUCGCGCAGCGCCGCAAGAAGAGCCAAGAUAUGCGUGCGUCAAUCGCCUCGCUGGGUAACCAGAGUAUCAAGCCGAUGCACUCGUUCAAGCGGUCGAAGCACGCGAGGGUGCCCAGCACGCCGGGGCUGCAGACGCACUUUGAAAUACCAUAG